AAAUUUAAAUAAUUCCUAUGGACUGUUAUUUAAUUUGCUUCUUCACUUUUUUGCUUCUUCAUAAAAAAAUCAUACUACCAAAGAAGUAAUUACGUGAUAAUUCUUCUGCGUAACUUAUUAAUAAUUUAUUUUAUUUUUAAAAGUCAAAGUCAAUAUUCUAUGACAUAUAUUCUCUUACAACUAAAAUAAAUUGCAACUGGUUGGUGAACAGAAAAUGCUAUGUUUAUUAAACCGGUGGGUUGGAUAAUUAAUUUAAAUGUCCUAUUGAUGAAUUAUGUUUAAAAAAUGUUUAGAUACCGAUGUUUGGUUUAAAUGUAACGUGAGUUAUAUAUAGUAUAUGACGACAGAUAGAGAACACAUUAGAUUUUGAAUAUGCUGACCAUAACUUAUAAUAAGUCUCAUAUUGGACGUGGCCCGGUAGUGCGCGGGAGUUUUGACCAAACUCAUAGAAAACUUCAAACCAACCCCAACAUAACAACAGUUAAAAUAAAACAAAACAAAAUAUAAAAGUCCACUUUCAUGCUAAUUUGAAACUUUCUGAAUUAGUAAAGAUUCAAAGUAAUUAGUGUAUUAAAUAAUACCGGGAACAAGUUAGUGUAUGCUUUUGGUAUUCCGUAUUAUUAAAUUAAAUUAAAUGAGAAAUAAUUUAAUAUUGAACUGUUUAAAAGUUUUUUGUUUUUGUUUUUUGCAACUAAUAGUUUAAAAGUUUGUUUAUUCAAACCUCUCUGUUCUUCAUUUUAUCUUCUUCCCGGUGCACAAAGCAGAAAGAUUUGAGGUGAUAAAAGUGAAAUGCAAAAGCUAGGGUUCGAAGACGCGAGACACUACUACCCAAGCGGCACAGAGAAGCCCUACAGCGACCAGUCGUCGGCGACUAUCAAGAACACGGCGUCAACGAGCAGAUAUCACGAGGAAGAUCAACCUUACGUGGAGAUCUCUCUAGACAUCCACGACGACUACGUCUCCGUGUACGGCUUGAAGUCACCUGACCAUACAGGAGGCACCGGAUCGCUUCUGAGACAAGGCCGUCCGGGGAAGAGCAACUCUGUCCUGAAACGCGUAGCGUCAUCGUUUUCGACCGAACUGAAACGAGUUGCCUCCUCCUCCGUCUCUUCUUCCUCGGCGAGAAAGCCUCCGCGCCCGCCUUUGGCUAAGUUCCGGCGCUCCAAGUCUAGAGCAGAGCAAGCGCUCAAGGGUCUCAAGUUCAUCACCAAGACCGAUGGCGUCGCGGGCUGGCCUGGAGUUGAGAAACGGUUCCAUGAGAUCACCGAGAACACCUACGGGUUACUACACCGUUCGAGAUUCGGUGAAUGUAUAGGGAUUAAUUCAAAGGACUUUGCUUUGGCAUUAUUCGAUGCUUUGAGAAGGAGGGAAAAUGUGAGUGGAGAUUCUAUAAACAAGAAUCAGCUUCAAGAGUUUUGGAAGCAGAUCACUGAUCAGGAUUUUGAUUCGAGGCUACGACUUUUCUUUGCCAUGGUGGAUAGAGAUGCGGAUGGGAAGUUAAAUGAAGCCGAAGUAAAAGAGAUUAUAAGUCUAAGUGCUUCUGCAAACGAACUGGAGAAUAUUCGGAGACAAGCUGAAGAAUAUGCUGCUUUGAUUAUGGAGACAUUAGAUCCCUAUCAUUACGGGUACAUCAUGAUAGAUAAUCUCGAGGUGCUACUGCUGCAAGCGCCAGUGGAGGAUAUAAGAGAUGGGGAGACUAAGAACCUGAGCAAGAUGCUAAGUCAUAACCUCAGAGUAUCACAAAGUAGGAAUCUCGGGGAGCGUGUUUACAGAGGGGUGAAGUAUCUCGUGUUGGAUAAUUGGAAGAGAGUGUGGGUGAUGGCUCUAUGGAUAGGUGUUAUGUCCGGGCUGUUCGCGUGGAAGUUCAUGCAGUAUAAGAAGAGAUCCGCUUACCAAGUUAUGGGAGUUUGUGUUUGUGCAGCUAAAGGAGCUGCAGAGACUCUUAAACUAAACAUGGCUUUGGUUUUGUUACCAGUUUGUAGGAACACCAUCACUUGGCUCCGGACCAAAACUAUAUUAAGUUCUGUUGUUCCCUUUGAUGACAGCCUCAAUUUUCACAAGGUUAUAGCAAUAGGAAUUUCAGUUGGAGUAGCAAUCCAUGCCACAUCUCACUUAGCCUGUGAUUUCCCCAGGCUGAUUGCUGCAAAUGAAGAGACGUAUGAGCCAAUGGUUAAGUAUUUUGGGGUACAGACAAAGAGAUAUAUGGACUUUGUGCAGUCCGUGGAAGGAGUUACAGGGAUUGCAAUGGUUAUACUAAUGACUAUAGCCUUCACAUUGGCUACACCAUGGUUCAGACGCAAUAAGCUCAAGCUUCCUGGACCACUGAAGAAAAUAACUGGCUUCAAUGCCUUCUGGUACUCUCACCACUUGUUUGUUAUCGUCUACUCGCUGCUCAUUGUUCACGGAUACUAUGUUUACCUAAUCAAGGAAUGGUCCAAGAAAACGACAUGGAUGUAUUUGAUGGUGCCAGUGGUUCUUUACUUGUCUGAAAGGCUGAUUCGUGCGUUCAGGUCAGGCAUCGAGGCUGUUUCCAUACUAAAGGUUGCUGUGUUACCAGGGAAUGUCUUGUCGCUUCAAAUGUCAAGACCAAGCAACUUCAGAUACAAAAGCGGACAAUACAUGUACCUCAACUGUUCUGAAGUUUCUUCAUUAGAAUGGCAUCCAUUCUCAAUUACCUCGGCUCCAGGUGACGAGUACUUAAGUGUCCACAUCAGAGUUUUAGGAGACUGGACUAAGCAAUUAAGACAACUAUUCUCUGAGGUGUGUAAGCCACGCCUUCCUGAUGAAAACAGACCGAACAUAGCUGACCCGAGGCUCCUGGAUAACAUCCCUAAUUUUCCAAGAAUCCUAAUCGACGGUCCAUACGGAGCACCGGCACAAGACUACAAGAAUUUUGAAGUUGUUCUACUCGUGGGUCUAGGAAUCGGAGCUACUCCAAUGAUAAGUAUCGUCAAGGACAUUAUCAAUAACAUAAAAGGCAACGGAGACAUAGAAGAAGGACGAAACAGUAACCGAAGACAGUCACCGAUUCACAACAUGGUCACACCUCCUCUUUCCCCAGCGAGAAGAAGUGAAACGUUCAGAACGAAGAGAGCUUACUUCUACUGGGUCACAAGAGAGCAAGGAUCUUUUGACUGGUUCAAGAACGUGAUGGACGAAGUGGCCUUAACAGACCGAAACAAAGUCAUUGAGCUGCAUAAUUACUGCACCAGCGUCUACGAAGAAGGAGACGCGAGGUCUGCACUGAUCACGAUGCUCCAGUCGCUGCACCACGCUAAGCACGGAGUGGACGUUGUCUCAGGGACACGUGUCAUGUCCCAUUUCGCUAGGCCGAACUGGAGAAGCGUUUACAAAAGGAUCGCUGUGAAGCAUCCCAAGACUAGAGUCGGUGUGUUUUACUGCGGAGCAGCUGGAUUAGUGAAAGAGCUACGACACUUAGCACUGGAUUUUUCUCAUAAUACUUCCACCAAGUUCUGUUUCCAUAAAGAAAAUUUCUAAAACUAAAGUUAUAAGAUAUAUAUAUAUAUAGUUAUAAGGCUCUAAGAGACUUGAACAAGCUUAUUGAGUUAUUGGAUUCAUGGUUGAAGAACUUUGUAUAGAAAUUGUACAGAUACUGUGAUUAAAUACAGUUUUUGGUUCUUGUACAAACUAAUCAUGUUUGUAUCAUUCAACGCAGAUGCAGAACACUAUUAUCUGAACUUCACGUCUCUUUGGGAUGAGAUAUUGACUUGUUGCUCCUCUCCUAUCCGC